CCGUCUGUUUUCGUCGUCUGUGUGGCCAGCCCACGCCACCCUUUUCCCGGCUCGGGAUCGUGGAGUGCCCUGAAGUGGGGCGCCGCGCCCGGACGCCCGCGCCCCGCUCUGUGGGCCGGUGGUGGGACCCCGGUGGCUCCGCAGGCCUUUUCCCCUGAGAAACCGUCACCAGAGACCCGGUCGCCAGUACUUCCUGGGGCACCCGGGGUAACCCAGCGUUUUUUCCUCACUUGAGAACUUGCGGGGCCGGAGACUCCUUGGCGGCGCCCAGUAUGGUUCUGUCCGACUGUAAUUUCGGGCAACAUGUUUUGCCGGAACCGACCCCCUUUGUCUCAUCCACAAAGCGGAUAUCACGUUUUUAUUGAAUAAAUGCUCGUUAAGCAUCUAGUAUGUGCUAGCGCCGCAGAAAGACCCAAGUCCCACGGAGGUGACAGCCCUCUAUUAAACGUAUGCAAAAUUGCAGCCUGGUCCCUGAAACAGAGAGGUACCAGGUGCCCGGAGAGUGCCUCCCAGGAUACCUGACCUAACCCCGGGUCGGGCAGGCUUUGCUGAGGAAGUGACUGUGGAGCUAAGGGCAUUUUUCUCUGUGCCAGGCCGUGUGCCAGCUGUUGAAGAUACAAUGAAGAGAAUUGUGGCUGGUGGGAUUGAAGUAAAGGAAUGUCAUUAUCACGGAGGGAACACACAGAUCCCACAAGGGAAAAUGACCAGUUGAUGAACAGUUAUUCUAAAUGCAACAGUUCUUCCUUUAGCAAUUGUUUUGGAAGACAGGAGGGGUUCUCUUUUUGGUCACCAAGCACUGGUCCCAUGGCUGCCAUGCAGAUGGAUCCUGAGCUUGCCAAGCGCCUCUUCUUUGAAGGGGCCACUGUGGUCAUCCUGAAUAUGCCCAAGGGGACAGAGUUUGGCAUUGACUACAACUCCUGGGAGGUGGGACCCAAGUUUCGGGGCGUGAAGAUGAUCCCACCAGGCAUCCACUUCCUCCACUAUAGUUCUGUGGACAAGGCAAAUCCCAGGGAGGUGGGGCCUCGUAUGGGCUUCUUCCUUAGUCUACAGCAGCGGGGGCUGAUCGUCCUGCGCUGGGAUGCAGUCCGAGAAGAGGUGGACCUGUCCCCAGCCCCAGAGGCUGAGGUGGAGGCCAUGAGGGCCAACCUCCAGGAGCUGGACCAGUUCCUGGGACCUUACCCAUAUGCCACACUCAAAAAGUGGAUCUCACUCACCAACUUUAUCAGUGAGGCCACAAUGGAGAAGCUGCAGCCUGAGAGCCGCCAGAUCUGUGCCUUCUCAGAGGUGCUUCCUGUGCUCUCCAUGAAGCACACCAAGGACCGGGUGGAGCAGAAUCUACCUCGCUGUGGCACUGAGUGCAAAAGCUACCAGGAGGGCCUAGCCCGGCUGCCAGAGAUGAAGCCCAGAGCUGGGACAGAGAUCCGCUUCUCAGAGCUGCCCACACAGAUGUUCCCGGCAGGUGCCACACCAGCAGAGAUAACCAGGCACAGCAUGGACCUAAGCUAUGCCCUGGAAACUAUGCUCAGCAAGCAGUUCCCCAGCAGCCCCCAGGAUGUGCUUGGUGAACUCCAGUUUGCCUUUGUGUGCUUCCUCCUGGGGAAUGUGUAUGAGGCAUUUGAGCACUGGAAGCGACUCCUGAAUCUCCUGUGCCGGUCAGAAGAAGCCAUGAUGAAGCACCACACCCUGUACAUCAACCUCAUCUCCAUCCUGUACCACCAGCUUGGCGAGAUCCCUGCCGACUUCUUUGUGGACAUUGUCUCCCAGGAUAACUUCCUCACCAGCACCUUACAGGUUUUCUUUUCCUCCGCCUGCAGCGUUGCCGUGGAUGCCACCCUGAGGCAGAAAGCUGAAAAGUUCCAAGCUCACCUGACCAAGAAGUUUCGGUGGGACUUUGAGGCAGAGCCAGAGGACUGCGCCCCAGUGGUGGUGGAGCUCCCUGAAGGUGUACAGACUGGCUAACUGGGAAUACUGCCAGCCAGGGGAGGCCCCUUCCCACACGGCUACAGUCCUGGCUUCUCCAUUCAUGCCUUCCUUCUGGGACCUGCAGGGCAGUGGCCCUACCAGGUUCUGCAAAGAUGGAGCCAGAAUUCCCUCUUUCACCAAUAAAUAAGUUUCUUCAGUGCCAGAGAGGCAAUAUGCCUCCCAGAGGCACAUUCAUCAGUUCCCAUCAGCCUGGCCAUGAGGCUGAUCUGACCAAAUUCCACAUGGGCUCUUAGAGAAGCUCUCGGGAGAGACCUGCCUCAGCAGCUCCCUGCUUCCUUCCCAGGGAAAAAAAUGUGAGUCAGUAGCCCUAGAGAAUUGAUUGCUUGCUUAUUCCAUAGGAUGGUUAGAAAACAAGAAACCCUGGACUACACGGGGUUGGUGUAUUGGUUGAUGACUUAAAAGUUAAACAGGGUGCUAGGGAGAUGGACUAGAAUUUCUGCCUGUCCCUUGUUAAAUGGGAACACAUCACAGAAAACAUGGCGGAUAUGUGACCACUCAGGAGCUCCAGCCUGGGGAGAGGGGACCCAGAAGACCGUUGGGUUGAGUCUGACAAGUGGUCAGCUUUUGCUUUCUCUGUCUAAGUCCCUUCCUCCUGACCAGAGUGGAUAGUUGUCCAAGAGUUGUGGCUCCUGACCUCAGGGGCCUGCUGAUGCCAUGUCCCUCCAUCUGUUCCAUUCUGAAGUCUCAGACCCAGAAGUGGGACUGGGCACCCCUUCUAUAUGGCCCCAUUCCUCACCAGAGCCACCGUGACUGGAGAUUCAACAGCAAAGAGAGAGGUUCUUACUCUAGAUAGGUUUCUUUGGCCCCAUUGAAGUUCUGUGUCUUUAUUCAGAGCUCAAGAGAUGACCUGGCCAACCUAGAUCUUCCCAGUCCUGCUGUAGAGCUGUCAGCCACAGAAGUAAUGAUGCUUCCCUUCCCUUGCAGUCCCGAGGGUGUGCCCAUCACACACAGGUCCUGCCACCCUGACCACAAACUGUUGUACUAAGAUCAGAGUCACUGUACCAUUCUUUUCCAGGGCCACAGCUAACACCAGUUUUCUGAAUGAGAAUCCAUGCUGGUUAAGACUUUCGGUUCUACUUGUUUCCUUGGAGAUAUUUUUCCAAGAGCAUAAUGUACAUUAAAGUCUUUGAAUUGAGACUAAA